AUGGCUGCAUAUGACUUUGAGAAAGAGAUUGACUUGAGACUAGGUUCUGGUGGGUGCGUUUCGGGCAGGGUGUGCCAGGGGGGUCGCAGCAUGGAUCAGAAAGCGUUGCUUCUGGACGGAAUAGUAGUAAAAGACGGCCACGUCGAAGUCGAUUUGCGAGCUAUCCGGGACAGAGAUCUCCUAAAACAAAAUGUAUUGACCCUCUCGGACAUGCUGACAGCUUUGGUGUAUUCCUUGAUGGUGGAGUACUCACAAGGACAGCUUUCAGAUUUGUGCUUGACCGAGGUCACACCCGCGACAGAAGCUGGACGGGCGCAACAGCUGGACUCGAAGCUGGUGGGAUAUUUGCUACUGACUGGCAGGUGCUGCAUAGCCCCUGAGUCCAUCGCUGUCUUGGAGGAGGUCAUGGACACACGGUUCUAUCCUUGUAGCGCUCUGGACGUGCCCCGAAAUGGACAGACAGUGUGUCUACUUACCGGCAGAAUGCAUUCCGUUAGCUUGCGCACCAAGGUACCCUCCGUCAUUAACUGGGACGAUGACGCGCGUCUGAAAACCCCACCAGACAUAUCAGUAAAAUUUGUGAGCAUAGCGCAAGGUUGUUCAGGCGACCCAAUGGAAAUGUCCAUAACGGCACGGGUUCCGUCCAUGUCUCUCGUGACGGACCGGUUUGUCGGCCUCUUAGGUCUUUUGGCGAACGGCGUUUUGGAUGUAUGGUGUGUGGUUCCGUCUUAUUUACUUUACAAUCAAUGGUCAGAGGUUGAUGCGGCUGUCGUCCCGAGACAAGGGGCCUAUGACUUGUUUCUCGACAACUACGUUAAGCUCUUUCCCGGUCUACAUCCCUAUGUUGUAGAGCUUUUUUUGCUCUCGGUGGCGUGUUCAAUUAUUGAACAUGAGUCCAGUCGCGAGUCCAGUCGUGAGUCCAGUCGUGAGUCCAGUCGUGAGUCCAGUCGUGAGUCUGACCACGAGAUGACUGCAAUCAGCCGAAAACUUGUUCCUGUUGUCAGCAUUCAGCCUUUGAACGCGUCCUGUCAGGACGCGUUGAUAAAACUAGGGUCAUUGCUGGGCUGCCAUAACCCCGGUGGCUCAUCCCAUCCCAUCGGCUCAGCCCAUGGAAUUCUCACGUUUACAAAUCACUACAAGGAUGCCCAAAUCAUUGUCGGAGCCCAAAUCAUUGUCGGAGCCGGGGGGAACAUUGCGUUGAGUGUGCGUGACGACUUCUUCAGUGGGGGCGCAAUGAUCGUACUCGGACGAAUUGCCGAACGGACAUUAGUUGAUAUUAGCAUCCAAGCGGACUUUGAUGAAUGUUUGGAGCCAAGUAAGCAACUGGUGCCUGAUGUACGUUCAUUCGUCAACAUUAUGUUUCCUCACUUGACGGGGGCUAAUGUUCCAUCGGCCCCUGAAUGCCCUCGCUGGUCGCAAGAUGCCUAUAAGCGCUACUUGCUUUGUGGGAUCGCCGCGAUAAAGCCCUUGGUGGAGACAUUUACCAUGCUAAGGUGUGUCAGCGAAAUAUCUAAUGCGGAUGUAGACCACAUUUCUGCCCUGUGCCAGUCCCGACUGAGGCGCAAGAGACCAGCCGAGCAUCAACCGCUCCUGGAGGCCGUCGUCAAGGUAACCCAGCGCCGUAAACGGGGAACAAGCCUGGCCUCCGUUCUGACGUACUUCAAACAAGCACUCCACGGCAUUUCCCAAAUUGACGGGGAGCAACUAACGUUCAUUGCGGACCAGGUCGUGCAAGACUGCGGCACUAACAAGGUAAACGCCGCUGACUUGAUUGAGUAUGCCAAUGAUUCCGGCUUCAUUCUCAAACUAGGCAACGAUACCUACAAGGUGCCAUAA